AUGGCAGAAACUAAUGACAACCAAUGUGAUCUUCAAAGAAAAAAAGAAGAGUCGGUAACAAUCGAAGACGAAGAAGAGUCAGAAGAAAAGUACAUAUGCCGUCUGUCACAUCCAGCACAUCCUCACACAAUAGUGGCCUAUAAUAGUGGCCAAAACCCUCCCGCUGGCUGUUUUGGAGGUGUCCAAGGAAAUGAAAAGUCGUUAUCUUGUUCCUAUCAUUAUCGGUGUAAAAAAUGUGAUGUAGGGUUUCACAUAGAGUGUCACUUGUGUCCAAGGAAGAUGACACACCCUUAUCACCCACAACAUCCCCUCAGUCUAACUGCACUAAAUGGCGAAACCAGGAUUAUAUAUGACGUCUCCAAUAAACUCGACUACAUUGAAAAGAGUCUCAUGGCCGCCUCCUCCUCCUCCGGCAUCCAUGAUCCUGGUAACAUCUUUCGUAAUUGCACUUGGUGUGGACAAAACCUGGAUCGCUGUGAAUAUUUUUACAGAUGUUCUAUCUGUAACUUUUGUUUGUGUGACCCUUGUUCCCAAAAUUUCCCACUUCCUAUAAUCCAAAAACCAAAAAGCCAUCACCAUCCACUCAUUUUCAUUUCUCGGCCACUUUUGGUUCCAUGUGAUGCUUGUGGGUUGGUAGAAAGAUCGGAGCCAAGUUACGCUUGUUUUCAGUGUAACUAUGUGGUACAUAGGUAUUGUAUAGGUCUCCCACGCGUCAUAAAAAUCACCCGACACCCUCAUCGUCUUUCUUUCACUCCUUUUCUUUCUUCCACAAUUUUUCCAUCUUGUCCUAUUUGCUACAAGGCAGUGGAUAUCAAGUAUAGCCAGUACGUUUGCAAUCAUGAUGAUUGCUCUUAUGUAGUCCAUUCCAAGUGUGCAACACAUAGAAGAGUAUGGGAUGGGAUUGAACUUGAAUGGGAACCCGAAGCAUUUGACAAAACCGAAGAUGUUGCGCCAUUCAUCAAAGUUGGUGAUGAUAUGAUAAAGUACUUUUGUCAUGAACAUCAUCUAAAACUUAAGAAGUACGAUGUUGUUCGAGACACAGACAAGCAAUGUCAAUCAUGCACCCUUCAUAUCGACUCUCGUGAUUUCUACAACUGCAUGCAAUGUGGUUUUUUUCUUCACGAGGUAUGCGCAAAUCUUCCUCGAAAACUACAUCAUGCGUUGCAUCAUCACCCUCUUUUUCUAGACCCUAUCCCUCCACGAAUGCCCUAUAUCGGGGACUGCUUUAUUUGUGCCCGAGAGUUCGCUGGUUUCAAGUACAAGUGCACCAAAAAGAAUUGUGAUGAUUAUAACAUUAACAAAGCCAACGCGUUUCAGAUAGAUGUUGGAUGCAUCUUACUUCCUGAUUGUUUUACCCACAAAAGCCACGAACAUCCCUUAUUCAUCCCUAUAUCUAAAUCUAAUGAUAUCCAUUAUCUAUGUGGGGGUUGCAAGGUCGAGAAGAAUAUUUUACAUCUCCGUUGUACUGUAUGCGAAUUUGCUUUAUGUUACGAGUGUGCCACUAUUCCAGAUAAGCUACACUACAAAUAUGAUGCAGUUCCUCUCUCCCUUUGUUAUGGAGAAGUCUCUGAUGAAACAUACUGGUGCGAAGUAUGUGAGGGAACACUAGAUCCACGCGAAUGGUUCUAUACAUGUAACAAACCUAACAUCACUAUCCAUUGUAAGUGCGUAUUUGGGAGAUCCGCUUAUAUGAAACCAGGCUACACGUUCGAUGAAAGAUCUUUAAGUGUGAAAGUUAUUUGCAACGAUAGUAGCACUCGACCGUUCUGCAAUAAAUGUAAAGCCCGCUGCUCGAGCUCCGUAUACUUCAAGUUGUCUGAUGAGACAACUUCUUGUUCUAUAUCUUGUUAUUCUUUUUGGGUGCAAAGGAAUUUAGACCGUGCGCAUUGGCGUCUUUAUCGUUCGUCCCACAAUUAA